AUGCAGUUCUCAACUAUUUUCUCUCUUUUUAUUGCGGCCAUGGGCAUAGUAGCUACCCCUAUCGACUCUCCCACUCAAGAACUCGAUGCCAGAGGCAACCUGUUCCCUCGUCUUGAAUACUGGGGAAGCUGCACUAAGUCUAACAACCGAUGCAAGUACAAGAACGACGAUGACAACAGCGUUCUUCAGAACUGCCUCUCGUUUAACAACAAAAAGUGUACCAAGGAUGGCAACAACUGCAAGUGGGACAGCGCCAAGAAGGAACUCAACUAUUACUAG